AUGCAGUCAGGAGCACAGUUGCGAUCACUUUUUGUGACACUUCUUCUCUUCUGCCAGCCAGCGAAGCCAGAUGAGCUGUGGGAACAGUUCAAGGAGAACAUAUGUGAUGAUCUGGCAUACAAGCUUCGCCAGCAUGAUAUUCCCAAUCCAACAGAAGCUCAGCUUUAUGAUUUUGGCCUGCAU